CAGCUGCUCACCUGUGCUCCUCUCUGUCCAGGUGUUCCUGCAGCACCUCUCUCCUCUGCUCUCUCUGCCCACCUUUGCCGCCCUCUGGCUCACCAUCCUGGACUUCAUGGACAAAUACAUGCACGCAGGAUCCAGUGACUUACUAUUGGAGGCCAUCCCUGAGUCUCUGAAGAACAUGCUGCUGGUGAUGGACACAGCGGGGAUCUUCCACAGCGCUGACUCCCGGACCGGAUACUCUGACCUGUGGGAGAUCACCUGGGAGCGCAUCGACUGUUUCCUGCCGCUCCUGAGGGAGGAGCUCUUCAAACAGACAGUCAUAGCAGAUCCAGGACCCAGUCCUCAAGCAGAGUCUGUGCAGCCCACACCCUCAGUAGGUCAGCCUUCCUCCCCCCGGGUUUCUCAGCCGCCCUCCCCAGUGCCCGUGUCCCCUGCAGAGACCAGGACCCCCAGCAGGCCAGCGUCUCCCCUUGAACCCCCAGCAGCCAGUGCCAACGGUAACAUCUUAAGCUACACUCUUUGGGACUGUCUGUAGUGACCAACACAUCCCUGUCAAAGUCAGUAUUCCUGCUAUCUGAAGUGUGUACCAUUCACAUAGUAGGAUGGCCGACAGAAAUGCAGCACCAAACAGCUCUCUCCUUCUAUUCACUGAAUCAGCAAUACAACUAGCAAUGCACCAGGCUUUCAAAGACGAUGAGGCUCUGAUGAGGUUGAACACACCUUUCAUUCAUCAAGAAAACAAAGAGAACCCUCUUUGCUUCUUGCGCCUUACUUUGUACCCAGAUGAUGUGCCUAAAACCAGCAGCAGUAGAGCAUACGCCCUUAAUGCACUAGUCGUGUCAUAAACAUUAAACGGUUAAGUUAAUGUUCUUUAUUUUUCUCAUAUAUUUGUACUUCAAAAAUGGAUCCCUUUAGUCCA